CAGGCAGUGACGCGGGCAGCCCGCGGGUCUUUCGAGUCAAUGCGGAAGCGGCCAGAGGUGUAGGAGCAGGAAAACCAAAACGAUUGUAGUAGGAUUGUAGUAAACCAAUAUUUACUCUUAGUUUUUUAAUCCCACACAGCCACUAAACAUUCAUUUAAAUCAUCAUGAUUUUGUUGGAAAUCAACAAUCGGAUCAUAGAGGAGACUCUCACCCUGAAAUUCGACAGCGCGAGCAACGGGAACAAGCCUGAAGCAGUAGAAGUUACGUUUGCAGACUUUGAUGGUGUGCUUUACCACAUCUCCAACCCCAAUGGAGACAAAACUAAAGUAAUGGUCAGCAUCUCUCUCAAGUUCUUCAAGGAGCUUCAGGAGCACGGCGCCGAUGAGUUGCUGAAGCGUGUUUAUGGAAAUUUCCUUGUGGCACCAGAAGACGGGUACAAUAUUUCACUGCUCUUUGACCUGGAGGCUCUUCCACCCCACAAAGAGGAGUUGAUCCACCAGGCAGGCAUCCUCAAGAGAAACUGCUUCGCUUCCGUCUUUGAGAAGUACUUUAAGUUCCAGGAGGAGGGUCGUGACGGAGAGAAAAGGGCUGUUGUCCAUUACAGGGAUGACGAGUCUAUGUAUAUCGAGUCUAAGAAAGACAGAGUAACUGUUGUGUUCAGCACAGUGUUCAAGGAUGACGAUGACGUCAUCAUCGGGAAAGUGUUCAUGCAGGAGUUUAAGGAGGGCAGGAGGGCCAGUCACACGGCUCCUCAGGUGCUGUUCAGUCACAGAGAACCUCCUCUGGAGCUGAAGGACACUGACGCCGCAGUGGGAGACAACAUCGGCUACAUCACUUUUGUGCUGUUUCCUCGACACACCAACGCCAACACCAGAGACAACACCAUCAACCUCAUCCACACCUUCCGGGACUAUCUGCACUACCACAUAAAGUGCUCCAAGGCUUACAUCCACACUCGUAUGAGGGCCAAGACCUCGGACUUCCUCAAGGUACUCAACCGUGCUCGCCCCGACGCUGAGAAGAAAGAGAUGAAAACUAUGUCGUAAGUGCUGUUUCACAAUCAUUAGU